AUGCGCUUGGCUGAAGCAGGUCUACAUCGAAAGUUGCAGCUCAAUGAGCUUGAGGAGAUUAGGAAUGAGGCUUACGAUAAUUCGUGGAUUUACAAGGAGAAAACCCGUGUUUACCAUGAAAAAAUGAUUAAAGGAAAGAAGUUUCAAGUGGGCCAGAAAGUUCUGUUAUUCCAUUCGAGGCUUAUGUUGUUUCCAGGGAAACUUCAUUCGCGUUGGGUUGGCCAAUUUGUUGUUACUAACGUGUUUGCUCAUGGUGCAGUUGAGAUUCAAAGUGAUACAGCAUGGAAGGCAUUCAAAGUGAAUGAACAUCGACUUAAGCCCUACUAUGAGCCAUUUGAGGAGCUCACGUAUGAGGAGAUAAUUGUGAGAGAUGCGCCUAACGGAGAAUGA